CGCCCACCAGAGACCAAAACGACGCCUUGUUCGAGUUAAUUUGAAUCUGGUAAGGAGGGAGUGGAGGUCUUCCUGCCCGUCCUCUGCACUGUGAGCUGCUAUUUCUCCCGCUGCCUCAGAACAACACACUCGAUUUCCGUUAGGCACCGCCGACUGUAUGGGCAGAAUAACAGUUUUUUUGACAGCACUAAUUAGAAGUAUUUCUUAUUAUCGAAGACAGUUUGCGAGUAGAUAGCUACAUAUCAACGAGCAAUUUUAUAUUCGUUUCAAGCGUUGUCUGUAGUGAAUAUGAGGCAAAGUGAGAAGUAGCAGCUAUCUUCGAGGAAAGAAAGUCAAAAUAAAGAUCAGAACCUACAGACAGUAUUAUCGUUAGUGUUAUAAAUAAUUUCAAAUUUGCCAAAUUAGCUAGUUUGAUAGCUGGCCAGCAUCAUGACUCGGAGAUCAUGUGCAAUUUACGCUACUGGGAUUCUCUGCGCCCAUCUACUGAUAGUGGGCAUCGCAUUGGUCGUGGCUCAAGUCUUCCAAACAAUGAUUUACAAUCGGCUUAAAAAGGAAUUGACCUUGACUGAGGCGAGCCGAGUAUUUGAGUCGUGGAAGAACCCACCGCCUCCAGUCUACAUGGAGUAUUACUUCUUCAACGUGACCAACCCUGAAGUGUUCUUAGCAGGGGGCAAGGCAGCUGUCACCCAGAUUGGACCUUACACUUACAGGGAAUACAGACCCAGGGAAAAUGUAACUUUCCUCGAAAACGGAACCAAGGUUUAUGCCCUGAACCCCAAAAGCUUUGUCUUCGUCCCAGAGAAGUCCCGGGGUAAUCCAGAGGUCGACAUUCUGAGGACGGUCAACAUCCCAGCUGUGGCGGUGAUGAACGAGCUGAACUCCUACUCUUUCCUGCUGCGCACCUUUGUCUCCAUGUGGAUGAACUCCAUCGGUGUGGAAAUCUUCAUGACCCGCACCGUUCACGAGGUGCUAUGGGGCUUCAAGGACCCCCUGCUCUCCAAAAUUCACGCCAUGAAGCCAGAGGUGGACGAGAUGUUUGGACUGAUGUGGAAGAAAAAUGGAACUGACGAAGGAGAGUUUGUGUUCCUGACUGGCGAACGGGACUAUAUGGAAUAUGGCAGAAUAGACACAUGGAACGGGCUGACUGAAAUGUCGUGGUGGUCCUCUAACCAGAGCAACAUGAUAAACGGCACGGAUGGCAGUGUGUUCCACCCUCUGUUGUCCAGGAAAGAGCUGCUGUACAUCUUCGCUGCUGACCUCUGCAGGUCUAUCCACCUGGCGUAUGUUGAGGAUGUGGAAGUGAAGGGCAUCCCAGCCUACCGCUUCGCCCCUCCACGUGAUGUCCUGCAGAGUCCUAAGGAGAACCCUACCAACGCCGGCUUCUGUGUGCCAGCUGGGGACUGCCUUGGCACCGGGGUGCUUAAAGUCAGUGUUUGCCGAGAAGGUGCCCCUAUCGUGGUGUCGUUCCCUCACUUCUAUCAGGCCGAUGCCAUGUACAUUAAUGCUGUUGAAGGACUGAGCCCCAACAAGGAGGAGCAUGAGACUUACCUUGACCUUAAUCCAACCACUGGGGUCCCCAUCCGUGCCUGCAAGAGAGCCCAGCUCAAUAUAAUUUUGAACAGAGUUCCAGGCUUUCCCAAAACCAAACAUCUAAACGUUACAAUUUUCCCUAUCAUGUUUGUCAAUGAGACGGCCACUAUCGACGAUGACUCUGCUACCCAGAUGAGGACCCUGCUGCUCAUCGUGACCCUGGUGUCCAACUUCCCUCUGCUCAUCGUGGGCAUGGGCGCCAUCCUGCUCGUAGUCUUCGUCCUCCUGGUCUGCAGGUCUCGCCAGAAGAAGAAUGAAGUAAAACGUAUUGAUUUUACUGAAGCUUUUCAUUCUUUUACUACGGCAAAAGACGACACUGCCUACACUCAAGUCAGCGACAAACCAGAGGUUGAACCAUCAGAAAACAACCACACCAACCAACCAAUGAGGAACGGCUCCUACAUCGCCAUGUCUCCUGUGGAGGCUCAGAAGUGUUGAUGGAGGCUGCAGUGUAUGGAGGGGCAGGUGGAGCAGCCUGGGCGUGGUAUUAUAACCAAGGCAGGGUUUUGCAGUGCGGACAUGGGAUUUCACUUUUGGGGACUGUCCUACUCUCCUGCUGAGCAUGGCCUUUCUUCCUGCCAUAGUGCAAAACAACAUCUCCGGUCUACUACUAAUGUCACUUGUCUUUUUUCUGUCGAGCUCACCGCUGAUUUCAUGACACAACACUAGUUAUCUCAGCCAGGACAAUAGGUUUUGUGAGUAUUUUCUGCACUUUGAAGUAGAAUAUUAGUCCGUAAUCUCAAUGAUUAACAACCACUGAGGCACAACUAUCAGCCUUCCAACAGGGCGCAAAGAGCACUGACUGACCGUAGUAUUUACCUGAACAAUGAAGAUCAGAAGGUCCUCUAACAUUUCUUUGUAACGGUGUUUGUGAGGUUACCUCCGAAACAAGCCAACAGAUUAAAACCUUUGCUCCUUAAGUUAAAUAGUAUGACCAGUACUAUUCCCUCCCUCCCUGUAACUGAGUUUUCAGUGACUCGGAAUGUGGGUUUGCUAACAAAACUGUGUACUUCCUUACCAUAUCUGUUUUGUAGAAAAAAAACUAUAGAAGGGAAAGAAGAAAAAAAAAUGAAAAAAAUAAAUGAACUGAGCCAAACUAUUCAUAUUAUGUUGAGCAAUCAUACCCAAGUUGUCAUCAAACAGAAUUUGUGACUGUGUGUGCAUGUCUUACACUGUAGUGUCCAGUUUUGAUUGGACUAUACGUUACUUUUUCUUGAUGCAGGCACUGUGUAGUAUGACAACCGAGAGAUUUAGCUUUUUUUUUAUUUUUAUUUUUUACAUUGACAUUUUUGGAAGCCUUUUUGAAGACAUGUCAAAGUCCUCAGAAGAUAAGACAUUAGUAGAUGGCUGCUUUUCCCAUUAUGUGGUGUUCGGGGAUUGUACCUAUAGCCGAAGUAGAUAUACCAUAAACCUUCAUCUAAUAUUCAAAAUGGAAGAAAAACCUACAUUACAAGGGAGACUUGAACCUACUUUCUGCCUUACAAUUGUUCAGUGUGUUGAUUCUUCAUGUGGAUAUGGUAAAAAGCUGGAUAUCUUAGUUGUACAUGCGUAAUGGGGAAAUGUUAGGCUACCUCUGACCUAAUCCAGCAAGUAGUCAAAGGUGUGCCUAAAACACUUUUUAAUUUUAAGUGUCGACCCACGUUGUGGGUCUGCACUGAUACUUAGAAUAAGCACAAUUUGGAUUGCUAAUACAGUCCUCCAUAAGGUAACAGGUCUUCACAUAGACUGUACCCUGCGAGAAGCAUAUUAUAGUACUUAUAUUUAGAGUUUAGUGUUUUAACACUGCAUUGUUGGGAAAGGGCUCGUAAGUAGGCGUUUCACUGUAAUACAACACCUGUUGUAUUUGCGCCAAAUGGGCUUGUAUACGAUUUGAUUUGAAGACCGAUGGGUGCCCUGUAAAGAAAACAACUAAGUUCUAGAAUAAACGGUCAGGCCCUGCACACUGCUUCUGCUGUGCAUGUUAUGUCGAACAGAGUCAACUGGCUAGCCAAGGCGCUUCAGGUAUUCAGACAAACAUGACACUUGAAUCACUAUUUGUCUUACUGUAUGUUUUGAUGUGGUGUUUUUUGUUGCUGUCGUCGGUCACUAGUCUCUGUCGUGUCAAGGCUUUUGGCAGUCGCUUCUGGAAAAAAUGUACUAAGUCCAUAAUACUGUCAACUUCAAAAUGUGAUUCCUGCACUUUCCAAAAAAAGAACUUGCCCUGUAUUUUUUGGGCUUAUGUAAAAUGCAAUGGUCCUUCGGUGUAUUUCAGCGGUUUGACCCGGGGUUGUUUUUCAUUGGUUCCUGAGGUGUAAUUCUAGAUGGACACUUUGCCUUUGUUACUUGCUUUUAGGUAGAUAGAAUAUUUUUAUUAUUGCUGCAAUUAAUUACCAUAACCUAUGGGCUUGUAUUUUUCUGUGGAGAAACCAUCCAUGCUCAUAUUCUGUUUAGGGUUGUUCCAACAAACUGAGAUCAACUCUUCUGAAUUGUUAAGUCUGGUCUGUGAACUCCUUAAAUGUUUAAGAAUAUUUGAGCAUAGGAUACAAUGCCCAAAACUUGCUGUCAUUUACUGGAAUUAGCAGAUAACUAUAGAUAGCAAAAUUGUAACAUCAAGUAUAAUGGUUUUUAACCCCACUUAUGUUAACUGAUGAGGACUUGACCUCACUUGUCAUUGUGGCAGACAGUGGCUGAAGAAUUGUCCAUAUUGAGAAUGUUGUUUCUGUGGGUGAUGAUGGCUUGGGUUGUUAAAACUGGAAACUAUUUCUGGAGGUCUAGAUGGAUACUCUAGUAAACAAAUGAAGGAGAGUUGUUCAAGUAUUAGUUUGUUUGGUUGUGCCAGUAAGGACGUCUGUCCGACAUGGCUUUGGGCUGUACUAUGAUAAACUGGUCCUGAUUUUUAUAUAUCAUGAUUAUAUAUCAAGAACCAAUUCACAAUAGGCCUUUUCAGUUUGAAACCUACUGUACUUCAGGCAAUUAUUGCAUUGUGCAAGCAUGGCUGUACUUGUAUAAUCGUCACAGUAUAUCAUACUAUCCUUUUUUAAAAACGAACACAUAAGACCAUGAACCAGAGCCAUGUGUGUUGUAUGCUUAACAGUGCGCAUGCACGCGCACACACACACCUACCUGAGACACUAUCUGACUGACUAGUCCCAUUCACCUUUGUACCCAAUCAUUCAUGUCCAUUCGCUCCUCUGUGCGUGACCAAAGAUAACCUACAUGGAUCUGUUCUAGCUUGUCUACUCUCCUCUGAGAGAACUGUUGUGCCACCGCCUACCUAAUAGUAAUGGCACCAUAUACCUUUUAUACAGUGCACUAUUUUAGGCCAGGGCCCAAAAGCAGUGCACGGUUUAGGGAAUAGGGUGCCAUUUCAGAUGCAAGCCAUCUAAAACAGUGCCAGGAUCCAAUUGCAGUGUAUUUACAACAGUGUUUUGAGUUGUCUUUUCCCAACAAGACAAGAAUUCAAGAGACUGGGGGCGAUCUGUAUUGCUUUUUAUGCACAAAUGCUGCUCUAAUGUGCGGGAGAAAAAAAUACGUUUUAUGUAUUGACACAACAACAUAAUGUUAUGUAAAAAUACAUUUUAUUAAAUGUUUUUUUAAUCUGACACAAUUUAUGUAUCCAUAUGUUCAAUGUCUUUGUUUUUCUGAAUUUGUAUGUUUUUUUGUUGUUUGGUCCCGUUUUCAUUUCCUUAAAAAAAAAAAUCUGUUUAGUAAUAUUCAACUUGGUCAUCAAGCACAUUUCAGUUGAACAUUGAAUUUUUCUGUCUCACAAAUGUUCUUAGAGAGAAUUCCUAGUUGGUCGUGUGUGUGUUGGAUGAUAAGCUUAUGUAGACAUUUUUGUACAGCCAAUGUACUGUUUUGUCAAACUGGAGUGAUUUUUAAUUGGAAGGCUGAUAAUGUGUAUGCAUGUGGAGGUAGAUUGCCAGAGUGCCUGGAUGGGUACAUGGGUCGUGUACAAGCAGAUUGCCUUAGUGCCUGGAUGGGUACAAGGGUCGUGUACAAGCAAUCUAACUCAUAAAUGAAUGAAGCCCUCCUUCAUGGAAAAACGGUAAUACCAUCCUUUUAUUUCCUUAAAUUGCUUUCAAGUAACCAAUUUAGUUACGCAGUGUGGCAACUGUAUAUAUUUUUCACAUUUCAUUUCGUGUACAUUUCUAAAGGUCUCAGUCACCAUCUAACAGACAUUUUAAUGUUACUUCUGAGUUUUAAGUUUUUUGCUGCUGAAAAUGACAAUCGUCAUGUUGGGUGAAAAACAAUUUCAAAUGUAAUAUACAUUAGUUUUGAUAAUUUACACUGCACAAAUGUUUAUACAAUGCUUUUGUAAACAUUUUUAGUGUAUUUGCCAAAAAAAAAUAAAGUAGCAAAGAAUACAGUUGAUGGCUGUGUUUUGCUUUUAACACGA